GCUCAUCAGAAGAUUUUUAACCUUUGCAUUGUACGGACAUAAUUAUAAUAUAUAAUAUUACAUAAUGAAGUCACUCGUUAUAUUAUGUGUGAUAGCAUUAGUCGGGUUGACUACGGCCGGAAUAGAUCUUUAUCCACGUGGCUGUAUCUAUGUGAUGGGACAAUGUUAUGAGGAGUGUGAAGUGGGCACCCACGCUUACACAACUGGUUGUGGCGUGAAGACCCCGGAGCCAACCUGUGAUGAACCCAAUCCUAAGCCUGACGUAGACGGGGGUGAUAUCUGUGAUUACUCCGACUGUUACUGCGACCCGCCCACUGUCAGACAUCCCGAAACCAAAAAAUGUGUUCCUCUGGAAGAAUGCCCUAAAAAAAGUCAUAGGGAGUGUGAAGAGGGCACCCACGCUUACACAACUGGUUGUGGCGCGAAGACUCCGGAAGCAACAUGUGCUGAACCCAAUCCUAAGCCUGAAGAAGGAAAGGGUCACAUCUGUGACUUCACUGCCUGUUACUGCGACCCGCCCACUGUCAGACAUCCCGAAACCAGGAAAUGCGUUCGUCUGGAAGAAUGCCCUAAAAGUGAAGUGAAUGUGACCUCUGUUGUUACACCAUAAUAAAUUUCUUAUAAUUUUUUAA